AUGGAGCCUAACGCCUUUCACCGGGAAUUUCACCAUGCGUGCUUGCUUGGCGACAUGCCAAACGUCCAUGAAGCAAUCGCCACCGGCUGCUUAACCGUUGAAGACCUUGACACCGAACUUGAGAAUGCAACACUAAUGACGCUGAUACCCUUGUUGACGCCGGACCCUCGGAUUGUCCGUCUUUUCCUACACAACGGCUUGACCCUAACGCGAGGCUCUCUAGUGGCGAACCUCUCCUCCCUAUUUAAUCCCUUGGCUGCUGCUGUAUUGCUCUCUGCCGGCGCGGACCCUAACCUCCGCGGAGCAAGGGGAAUCCCUUCCCUCGGCCGUGUUAUCCACGGCACGAAAUUGGAAUCAAAUCUGCUGUUCUACUGUCUCGCUCCGCAUGUACAGCAGCGCGUACUGAAGAUCCGCUUUUUGCUUGACGGGGGCGUAGACCCAAAUGGGCCUACCGACGAAUGGGGCACACCUCUACACCUCGCUGCGAGGCUCGGCAAUGUGGAAAUCGCUCAGAUGCUGUUGGAGGCUGGCGCAGACCCCACUGUCCUGUCUGUUGGCAGGAGGCUCGGUAGAAAGGAAAAGACACCAGCCCAAGUGGCUGAGUACUUGCAAAAUACCGAGGCCCGCGAGGCGAUACUCAGUCUCUUCCAGGGUUACUAA